GAGAUGGUCUGGUCUCACUUUGAUUUCUCUCUCUUCCUCCUGACCACGAGCUGUCAACAUGAAAAUAAAGCCGUGAUCUAUUCACCAUCAUUGUCUGGUCCUUCGAGAGCCGGAAUACUUCCGCAUCUACAAACUGUUUUAAGUAAAUCUACACACCAUGGAGCAACAGACGCUUAAACGCCUUACUCAAGCACGUGGUCGGCUAAAGGCGACCGUAACUCACUUGGUCAAUUACAUCGAGAAUCCACCUCCACAGAACACUUACUCCGGAGUCGAUGACACGCUGGCACGGCUAAAUCAAGCCUUCAGAAGCCUUGAGGAGAUCACUGACGAAAUGCACGUGUACGAUAACGUUGAGGGUUUCGAGGAUCCUACCGAAGACUUCCAAGCGUAUGAGGAGAAGCGACCUUCAGCCAAGCGCCAUACCUCAAGCGGAUCACAACCAGAGCUGCCAAAUUGGAUUUUUUCCCGUCAAAACUGGCUUUUUUGAAGACUAACUGCGGGAAAUAUUUGUGAAUUGCGGGAAUUGUGAAAAGCGGGAAUUCUGGCUUUUUUAGAAAUUAAGAAAUUAAAAGCAUCACAGAGUUCCUGGAAUGUAAGAAUAUUGCAGAAAUUGAAUGCCAAAACAAUAACAUUAAUUCGAUCAAGUGGGAAAACAUCAGCGACACAAACAAAUUUUGGUUUGAGGUGCUCCAAUUUAAAGAUUCUGGUGGAAACCGAAGAUAUUUUGGGUUGGCAACUGUGGCCAUCCAAAUAUUAUGUUUGCCCUGGUCAAACGCGGAAAUAGAAAGGGUUUUUAUCCAGGUUAACCUAAUUAAAUCCAAAUUAAGGCAUUCGAUAGGCCUCAGCACGACUAACAGCAUUCUAAGCAUUAGGUAAAGUGUUAUUUACAAACAAAAGAUAUACUGUAUUCAUAUUCUAUUUUAAUAUACAGAAGGUUUGGAAAAUGCUGCGUCGACUAUGAAGUGCCUGUAAAAUAUCUGCGCAUGAUAGGCACUAAUAUGUCAUACGCAAAUAAGGACA